AUGCCUUCCGAUGCGGCACAUGACCUCUUCGACCGUGAAGAUGUCCCGUUUCUGCAACCCUCCGAGGCUGACAGCUCCCCGAGCUCGCCCCUCGAUGAACCGAAGCACCAUGAAUCGCAGGCGAGAGAUCCAGCGUCGCAGAAGCUCCGUUUGCGGUUGCUCCUUACUCUGUUCGCCAUCGUGCUCGCCGUGGAAAUGGGUUUGAACAUGGUUGACAGCCCUAUGGUCCGCAUCUACGAGUCGAUUACUUGUCGCCAUUAUUACGCUCAGUACAAUCCGUCGCAGAUCGGUGUGGAUGGUCAGGUCGAAGAGGAGUUGUGUAAGGUGAAGGAUGUACAAACCGAGCUGGCCGCUGUGAAAGGGUAUAUGGAAUUCUUUGAUGGGUUGUUGAGUGUCUUCCUCGCGAUCCCCUACGGCCUGCUCGCGGAUAGAUACGGACGAAGGUGGACCAUUUGCCUCAGUGUCCCCGGCUUUAUCCUGAAUUCCGCCAUAAUCACCGUCGUGUUGUGGUUCUCUGAUAUCUUCCCUCUGCGUGCGGUAUGGCUGUCGUCUCUGGCGUGGUUGUGUGGUGGUGGUCCUGUCGUCGCGUUCGCGAUUAUUUGGACGAUGAUGUCGGACGUGACAACGGAAGAUGAGCGGGCUUCAAUUUUCUUCAAAUUCGCGAUUGUCACCAUGGGUGGCGAACUCAUCUCUAAUGCUCUUGGUUCGGUGCUAAUGGCCAUGAAUCCUUGGAUCCCCAUGCUACUCGGUUUCAUACUGGCCUUUGUAGGCAUGCUCUUUGUUUUGACACUCCCGGAGACCAUGCCUGUGUCUUCUUCAAGGACCGAUCAGCCGGAAACGUCGACAGUAGAGAUGGGGCAUCUGAAUAACAGCUACAGAGAGGGCUUCAAGGACGACAGCGAAGAUGAGCAGGCGUUCAGGGAGAAGAGCACAACUGCUUCCAGCAGCCGGUCUCUCUUUUUCACUCUCUAUACCAGAUGUCGAAACUACUUCGCGCCUUACGUCUUCAUAUUCCGCAACAAGCAAAUCCUUCUUCUCCUCGCAGCCUUCCUGGUCUACCGCCUCAGUCGAGGCUCCUCUUGGUUCCUUGUCCAGUAUAUUUCCACCCGAUACUCCUGGUCCUUGGCGGAGGCCAACUUCCUCAUGUCCUUACGACCUUGUUUCACUAUACCCCUCUUCCUGUUCAUCCUCCCCGGCAUCUCUAAAUACGCCCUCCGAUCUUUCCGCACCUCCCAGAAGAACCUCUAUCUCGCCCGUGCUAGCGUUCUCUGCCUCUGUGUGGGCACACUAGGCGUUGGUCUUUCACCGAAUGUCAUUUCCUUCAUCCUAAGCAUGAUUGUCCAGGCGUCAGGAGCAGGAUUCCUCUUCCUAACACGGGCAUUACUCACGGUGCUAGUGAGACGAGAAGAAACGGCUCGGCUAUUUACGAUCAUGGAACUACUACAGUCUGUCGGCAACGUGAUUGCCAGUUUAUCCAUCACAAAAGUAUUCCAGCUUGGUUUAGAAUUGGGUGGCGCUUGGAUUGGACUUGCUUGGAUGAUGACAAGCACGGCGUUUGCAUUGGUGGGUGUGUCGAUCUGGACGUUCCGUCUGCCUCCCGUGACCAAGGAGCGGGAGGAACAGGCUGAAAGGGAAGUGUAA